AAGGUUGGAGAUAUUUGCCCACUGGAUCACACAGAGCGAGCACCCAACCAAACCGAACGCAGCCGCGGCAACCAUUUCCGCUCCACCGCAUCGUCCGCCGCCGCCAGUCACACGCACGCUUCCGGCACAGGCACAGCACGCCACGCCUCCUUCUUGACCCUCCCGUGCACCCGACCCCGCCGCGAAAGGCCCCUGGAUCCGCCGCGCCGCCGUCGAUCGACCGGGCCUGGGAAAGAAGAUGGGGCGGAGGGGGGAGCCCUACUACGUGGAGGCGGCGCCGCCGGUGGACGUCAACAAGAACACCGAGUGGUUCAUGUACCCGGGCGUCUGGACCACCUACAUCCUGCUCCUCUUCUUCGCCUGGCUCCUCGUCCUCUCCGUCUCCGGCUGCUCCCCGGGGGCCGCCUGGACCGUCGUCAACCUCGCGCACUUUGCCAUCACUUACCACUUCUUCCAUUGGAAGAAAGGAACCCCAUUUGCUGCUGAUGACCAGGGCAUGUACAGCCGAUUGACAUGGUGGGAGCAAAUUGACAAUGGCCAGCAGCUUACACGGAACAGAAAGUUUUUAACCGUGGUACCUGUGGUCCUGUACCUGAUUGCAUCACACUUGACCGACUACAAACAGCCGAUGUUUUUCCUCAACACGGUGGCUGUUUUCGUGUUGGUUGUAGCAAAGCUGCCAAACAUGCACAAGGUCCGCAUAUUUGGAAUCAAUGCAGACAUCUGAGGGCCACUUCAGGAAGUAUCUGGAUGUUGGCGUGCUCCAAUGUCUGAAAGAGGGACGUGGAACAAGUGAAUGCUUUGCAAAGGCAACUCAGUCGCUGCCUGUAAUAUCUGUGUAGAUGUAGAAAGAACUGUAAAUGUUACUCUAGCAUACAAGGUUUGCCUGCAGACUGCUGUGUGUUUGUUGUUGCAGCUUCUUCCUUAAGAGUUAGUUCACCGGAAGUUUAGUCUGUUAGUGCAAGGAACACAGCAGAAUGUGGAUAAGAAAGUGUGUAGCAAAUGCUGUUUGCUGUCUUGUAUAGAAUGGAACCCAGAAUUCAGUGAAAUCAAUCUUUCUGUGGGUAGACCCCGGGGAAAA